AUGGCGGGUAACCACAUCAACCACGGCGACUCUGCAGUUUCCGCACGAGACAGAUCACCUGUGUCGGUCGUCCGUUGCGAAGGCCGCACCACAGGGAAACAGAACGGGCGGCCCAAGUGCCGUCCGGCGCGGUAUUACGGCACAGUGCGCGUCUCUCUCUGGCCAGCGCGCAGCUGCCGCCGCCGCGGCGCGCCCAGAGCACCUCGUCACGUCACGUGGCCUGGCUUCGGCUCACGUCCACCUGCUGAUCGCACAGUGACGACCAUACGCGGCUCUUCGAGCUCUCUCAGGAGGAUGCUGGUGUCGGAGGCUGCGCCCGUGUGGUGGGCGCUGGUGCUGUACGCGGCGCUGCUGCUGAUGCUGAGCCCGUGCGUGCUGCUCGUGCUGGUGUGCCUGCCCCACCUGCCGCUGCUGCUGCUGCGGCGCGUCCUCUUCAUCCCCAUGGAGGCCGUCUGAGGUGGCGACAGCCCAGUGACCAGCCAGCGAGCCAGUCAGCUCCUACCUGCUGCUGCUGCUGCUGCCACGCCAGUGUGUGCUGUUGGUGGUCGUGUACCAGCCCCUACCUGCUACAGCAGAAGAACAUCCUCUUCAUCCCUGUGGAGGCUGUCUUGAGGAUCACCUGUCCAACCAACCAACCACUGCAGCAAACCAACUCCCUGCUACUUCAGAUCGUGGGUCCAUGUGUACAGGUGGUGAUCUUCUGCCACCACCACCUGUUACUGCUACAGUGCCUCACCUUCAUCCCAAUAGUGCCAGUCUGAGAUGAUGGCACAUCAUUCCAACCACCCAGCCAAUCUAGUCCUACCUGUUGCUGUUGUUCCUUGUGUUAAUAUGCCAGCCACACUCAUUUAUGAUGAGAACCACCUGCAGAACUAGCCAACCACUCAACACUUACCUGCUGCUUCUGAUUUUGAUCCCUACUGUGCUGUUGGUGUUCGUCUGCCAGCCCCACCUGCUGCUAGAGAAGUGCACCCUCUUCAUCCCAGUGGAGCACAUCUGAGAUGACUGGACAGCCCUGGGACUGACCAAUGAGCCCAUCAACUCCUACCUGCUGCUGUUGAUAAUAGUGCUCAAGUACCAGCCCCAGUUGUCACUGUUCCAGUUCAUCCACUUCACUAUCAUUAUGGCUGUCAAAGAACGACGUUCCCAGCCGUCUGAACGCAUAGCACUAAUCUGUGCUUCUGAUGCUGAGCCUAUGUGUGGAGCUGCUGCUUGUCUGCCAGACCCACCUGUCACUGCUGGAGUGCAUCCUCUUCAUCCCCACGGAGUCACUCUGAGAUGAUGGGAGAGUGAUGGGACAAACCGACCAGACGACCAACUCCUACCUGCUGCUGCUGAUACUGAUGCUCAUGUGCCAGCCUCACCUGUUGCUACUGCAGGUCAUUCUCUGCAGACCCAAGGCAGCAGCCUAAGAUGAUAAGCAUUUGCUGAAUCAUCCAACCACUCCAUGCCUACCAGUUGUUUCUGAUGCUGAAUCCAUGCGUGCUGCUGGAGAUCAUUUGCCCACCUCACUUGUCGUCACUGAAGUACAUCCAAUUCAUCUCCAUGGAGCCUGUCUGAGAUCCACAGGCCCAGCCAGCCAACAAUAAAAUGCCUAACUGCUGCUGUUGCUGCCACUGAUUCUCCUGUAACAGCCUCACGUGUUGCCACUGCAAUAUAUCUUCAUGCCCAUGGUAGUUAAGAUGAUGAGAACUGUGUGCCCAACCAACCAACCACUCAGACCUCGUGUGUGUGCUGAGCACUAGCAUGUAGCUAUCUCUCAUGUAGCUGCUCGAAUUUUUGCUGUUACAGUGCAUCCUCCUUGUCCCCUUGCAGCCAACCUCAUCAUCAACCUGCAGUGUGUGUAAUGUCGUGAAGUGAUUCUUCCAGGGACUAUGCCACUCUCCACUGCUGUAGCAUGUCAGUUCUGUGUGUCUGAGUGGACCGCCAUAUAGUGUAGCUCUCAGUGCAGAACUCUGUGUUGUUACGGGCAGUGAGUAAGCCAAGCUAGCCCUGGGAGUUAUACCAGGUUCCCAUUAAUAACCAUUGUCGUUAUAAUAUUAUCAAUACACUGUCUGCUCAGAAAGUACAUAUUGUAGACUUGCUAUAAUUGUGUUCAUAAAUGACCAAUAAAUUUUGUAUAUUUAAUUAAAUUGUAUGUUUAUCAAUUUUAAUAUCUGAAUUAUUA